UAUCAAGGUUACUGGAGAAACGCAAGGUGUUGGCUUCAAUGUGACGUCAUAUUAAAGCGCCGCAAAAAAAAAUGUGGUUCCGAGCGGCUCUUUACACUGCCAGUAUUUCUGGUUUUCGACGUUCUUUGUCGGCUCAAAGUAAGGUGCCACCUAAGCCGACAUGGGACCUUCAACCCGAGACCAUUAGCCAGAUACCAAAGAUUAGCCUAGACAUGAUCGAUCACCUUGAGCGGCUAGCUUUAGUAGAUUUUGGAAAUGAGGAAGGCGUGCAGCGUCUUCAGAAGGCCAUCCAGUUUGCUUCUCAGCUGCACAACGUCAACACAGAGGGAGUGGAACCUUUAUCAUCUGUGUUAGAAGACAGGGCAUUAUACAUUAGGAAAGACACAGUGGCAGCUGGAAAUUGUACCGAGACACUUCUAGAAAAUGCCAGAAUGGUUGUAGAAGAAUACUUCGUAGCACCUCCAGGUAUUAAAGAUUUUUAUUCAUAUUCACAAACAUUACCAAAAAAUUUGCAGGAUGUCCUUAUUCUCUCUCUUUUUAACAACAGGUAACAUUCCUUUGCCAGCCCAACAUGAAAGAUAAAAAGUCUUUCCAAGCUCAAGCACAGAACCCAAGGAAAAGUGUAGAAACAGAAUAACAUUGCACGGUUUAUUAGGACAGCUACAGUUGCUUUUUAUUUAACUGAAACACUUUAAUAAUAAAAGGAACAUACGUACAAACUUGA